CCGGGGGAGGUCCCGGCACGGGAGGGGACGCGGUGAUUUGGGUGUCCCGAGGGCUGCAGCUGCCGGGGGGUUCCGGUCCCGGAGUCUGGGGGAGCCCGGAGCUGGGUGUUGCAGGAUUUGGGAUGCCCCAUGACCGGGGAUAUCCCAGAGUUAGGGCUGUCCCGAAGCCCUGAGCUGGGUGUCCCGGAAUUGGGAGUGAAAUGGGACUGGGGACACUUGAGGGUUUGGGGUGUCCCGGGAUUUGGGGUAUCCCGGGUAUUGGUGUGUCCUGGGAUUUGGGGUAUCCCGGGUAUUGGUGUGUCCUGGGAUUUGUGGUGUCAGAGGAUUUGGGGUGUUCUGGAGCCCUGAGCUGGGUGUCCUGGAAUUGGGAGUGAAAUGCGACUUGGGAUAUUCGAGGGUUUGGGAUGUCCCGGGAUUUGGGGUAUCCGGGGUAUUGGUGUGUCCUGGGAUUUGGGGUAUUCGAGGGUUUGGGGUAUCCCGGGAUUUAGGGUAUCCUGGGUAUUGAUAUGUCCCGGGAUUUGGGGUAUUCCAGGGUUUGGGGUAUCCCGGGAUUUGGGGUAUCCUGGGUAUUGGUGUGUCCUGGGAUUUGAGGUGUCAGAGGAUUUUGAGGUGUCCCAGAAUUGGGGGUGCCACGGGAUUCGGGGUGUCUGGGUUUUGGGGUUCUCCAGGUCUUGGGGUGUCCCCUCACGCUGCCACCCCAGGGGACGCUCACCGCGGUGCCUACACCGCCUUCAUGAAAUCCCAUCGCUGCUACGACCUGAUCCCCACCAGCUCCAAACUGGUUGUCUUCGACACAUCCCUGUGAAGAAGGCGUUCUUCGCGCUGGUCACCAACGGUGUCCGGGCAGCCCCGCUCUGGGACAGCAAAAAGCAAAGUUUUGUAGGAAUGCUGACCAUCACCGACUUCAUCAACAUCCUGCACCGCUACUACAAAUCCCCCAUGGUGCAGAUCUAUGAGCUGGAGGAACAUAAAAUAGAGACGUGGAGAGGUAUCCCAGGGGGCAGGGAGACGGGCACAGCUGGUGGUGGCACUGCCAGGAACACCCCAAAUCCCCCCUCCCUUCCCCCCCACAGCCUGUUUGACGCCGUCUCCUCCCUGAUCCGGAACAAGAUCCAUCGCCUGCCUGUCAUCGACCCCGACUCAGGGAACACUCUCUACAUCCUCACCCACAAACGCAUCCUCAAGUUCCUCAAGCUCUUUAUCUCAGAGGUGCCCAAGCCUGAGUUCAUGGCACGGACGUUGGAGGAGCUGCAGAUUGGCACCUACAGGAACAUUGCUGUGGUUGGCACCAGCACCCCCAUCUACGUUGCCCUGGGCAUCUUCGUGCAGCACCGCGUCUCCGCGCUGCCCGUGGUCGAUGACUCGGGGCGCGUGGUGGACAUCUACUCCAAAUUUGAUGUUAUUAACCUGGCAGCUGAGAAGACAUACAACAACCUGGACGUGACGGUGACGCGGGCGCUGCAGCACCGCUCCCACUACUUCGAGGGGGUCCUCAAGUGUUACAAGCACGAGACCCUGGAAACCAUCAUCAACCGCCUGGUCGAGGCUGAGGUCCACCGGCUGGUGGUGGUGGAUGAGAACGAUGUGGUUAAAGGGAUCGUCUCCCUCUCGGACAUCCUGCAAGCCCUGGUCCUUCCCCAGGGCCCCUGAGGCAGUGGGGGAUGGGGAGGGAGGGGGGUUCAGUCCUCCCAAGGCCCCCCCCCCUCACUCUCUUCUCCUGUAUCACUGUGCCCCCCUGGGCUGGUGGGGACCCCCGGGGAAUGCCCCCACUCACCAGCAGCAUCCAGCAAUAACCCCCAGCCCUGGGGCAGCCCCUGCUGCCUUUCCCUGGAUGGGGGAACCCCACAGCCCCCCCCCCAUGCUGUGCCCUACACCCCAAAGCCGUGUGGGGUGAUGGGGGCAGCCCUUGACCCCCCUGGGGGUCACCCAUAGCCAUGCCAGGGCUGUUCCUGUGUGGCCUCCCGUCCCUGUCCCCUUGCACCCUCUCCCUUGGUUUGGCGAAACCCACUCAGCUCCACCCGGCCCAGGGACCCCCCCACGCCCCCGGGGGUCUCCCCCCAGGUUCCCCCGGCUGUGCCCACACCCGCCACCGCUUCGUGUGUGAAGAGAAACCACGAAUAAACACAGACCUGGCACCA